UCCUGCUACCUCCGCGCACACCAAAACAAGUUUCCAAUACAUGCUCAGCGCCAUGUUCAGCAUUUCAGCCGCAUGAGAAACCUCUUCUAGCACCCGCAAUGCACAUCUGAUCCGCCUACUCAACGCUAGUGCACUACAACCCUACCCUAAACCCACCCUCCGAACGCGCCUUCCUCACCUCUCCCACAUCACCGCUCCGUCUACACUACGCCCACUAUGAACUCGGUGCGCGCCAUCCAGCAGCUCAAUAAGCGCGAACUCGAGGCAGGCAUCAAUCCCGAAGGUUCAUGGCAUACCGACUACCGGGACACGGCCUUUGUCUACAUCGGCGGCCUACCGUUUGAACUUUCAGAAGGUGACAUCAUCACCAUAUUCUCCCAGUACGGCGAACCAGUAUGGAUUAAGCUGGCGCGCGACAAGGAGACAGGAAAGUCACGAGGUUUCGCAUGGAUCAAGUACGAAGACCAGAGGAGUUGCGACUUGGCCGUGGACAAUCUAGGUGGAGCGAGUAUCAUGGAUCGCAUCAUCAGGGUAGAUCAUGCGCGAUACAAACCCAAGGAUGACGAAGACAUGAGGGACAACACUAUGGGAGAGCUCGACCUCGACCCUGGUCAUGAGUCUGAUGGUGGCAGAAGGAAGCGGAGAAAGACAGAGAGCGAAAGCGACUCGGACGACGACCGACCACUGCUACCGGAAGAGAUCGAAUUAGGGCGUCUGUUGGAGAAGCUGGACGAAGACGACCCUAUGCGUGACUCUAUGAUCAAGCGCCAGCAAGAGAAAGUAGACGAUGCACUCAAGAAGCUGAAGAAGCAAAAGCGUAAAGAAAAGGAGAGGGCAAAGCGCAAGGACAGGCAUAGCCGGAGAGACAGGUCGAGAGAUCGGGACCAUGACAAGGACAGGAGACGGAUCAAGGAUGCAGGGGAAGACGAUGAGCAGCGUCGCCAUCGAUCGGAACGAACUCGAGAUCGAAGCGAGGAUUCUAGAGACAGGCGCGAUCGACAUCGAAGGCGCGAGCGAAGAGGUUCAGAUUCUGAAGGCGAUGACACAGGGCGAUCUCGGAGGAAACCGUCGCGCUCACCGUUGCCGUAUCGAGCUCGUUCUCCUUAA